GAAAGAAAGAAAGAAAGAAAGAAAGAAAGAAAGAAAGAAAGAAAGAAAGAAAGAAAGAAAGAAAGAAAGAGAAAGAGAGAAAGAAAGAAAGAAAAUCUUUGAAAAAGAGCGAGAGUGGAAAAGAUAAUUUGAUGUUUCCUAAAAGGGUAUAGAAAGCUCUUUCCUGGUGUGGUUGGCCAAUUUGUAAUUCCAUUAUUAAUAGUUUAGAAGAGCUCAGCUUCAUAACUUACUGGUAAAGUCAGUUAUUUCCAGGAUUGUCGCCAAAUUGGUGGAAUCCCCUAUCAAAUACCUUUUGUAAGUGAGCCGUGAGAUUGCAGGGUGAGGACGGAUCUUAAAUAUUUGGAAUUGACAGCUCGUUAAGCAGAGCAAUUCCGAAGCCUUCUUAAAUGCCUGCUACAUUGCUUUUAGCUCCCUAAUUGUGUAAUAAAAUUACUCUUACGCUAUGUACACUGUGGUUGUUGAUGAGUGUGUGUGGGCGUCUCGUCACCGGAACACUCGCUCCUCCGGGCCACCUUGCUGUGUUGGUAGAAAUUCCACGUGUCAUUUCAUCCGGAGCUACCGGACCUCAGCGGGACGGGAUGCAUCAGCGACCCCGAGAUGCGAUUCCGUCUAAUGAGAUGCAUAGAACAUGCAAUUUCACACCGAAGUGCCUCCUGCUUCUCCAGUACUCGAGCCUACAAACAAUGGGAUUCGACGGACUUAAUGUUGCAUGAAUCCCGUAAAGAGAAACCGUAUGUGUGACGCACUCACCGUUGUACCCGCGGCCUUGUUCUUUGACAGGAGCAUAUUCCCUGAGCGGUGACACCUCCAUUCCGACCCGGCAUCCCCGAGACAUGGUCCACGUCCUGCGGGGGGUCUUUCACGGGCCCACGCGGGCUCCCUCCACUUCACCCCUUGUUUCUCCGCCACAACUCGCCAGUACCAGGUGCUGCCACAUCCACGUGUGACCCUCCGGGCGGUGGCAGUGGGCGAGUCGGCGGGCGGGCGUCGUGGGCAGGAGUCGGGAGUGACCGCGAACCACGGAACCGCGUCAGCCACACAGAUGUGUCCUCGCUCCAGCCUCCCCUCCGCCAGAGCCCAGUCGUCGGUGCCGUCGGCGCCAUCCAACGUGAAGGCGGCGGGAAGCUGCAGGGAGGGACACGCGGUCUUCGCGGAGGCCUCGCUUCCCUGGGUGUUAGAGCAGCGGAGCGCGAGCGUCUGCCCGGGCUCUGGCGAAGGCCCUGCCGGUGUCUGCCACCACCGGGUGUCGCCCGGGCGCCAGGGAACGGCCCUCGUAGCCGUCGUCCUCAGGAAAGCGUCAGCCCGGCCCUCGGCGCCCCCUGCUCACCCGCGCUCACCCCCUCGUCUCUCCCACGACGACCGGGAAGCGCGGCUGUUCCCAGGCCACAGGCGAGAGGCGGGGGCCCAGGAAGAAGGGCUCCGGGCCGGGUCGCACGGCCUCGCCGUCUCACUGACCCCCUGGUCCUUCCCACAGGACGAGGAGGGGGCCGCGCUCCCGCCACCCACAGCCCAGCCGGCGACGCAUCCGGAGGCCUGUGAGCCCGCCUGGCUCGGCAGUCUGCGAGGACCGCUGUCCCCGUUCCCUGCUGGAGGACGCUGCGGCUCACUGGAGGUCAUAGGGUCUACGGCCCAAGCAGAGAUCAAAGGACCCCGGAGCAUCACCUGGUCCCAUCCCCUGGUGCCACACGUGAGAAGCUGAAGCCCGGAGACGGGGUCGGACUCCUAACCCAGCUGUCCAGUCUCUCCCUCCCCCACCUCGCAGGAGCCUUCCUCUGCUGUCCCGUGUGUGGGGGACACCCCACUGCAGGCCGGAUCUUUGCCCCGACCCCCGAGUGACCCAUGCAGCAACAGCUUGUGCCAUAGAAGUCUGUCACCGUCUUCCUGCCCAAAGCCCUCUUCUCAGGAAGCCUCCAGCCACAGGCCCCGCUGAAGAGGGAGGAGGGUCGUAGGCAGCCUUGUGAGUCCUGAGCGGCCCCACCCCGUGGCCUCGCGGAUGAGGAGGCCAACCCAGACGGAUAGACUGAGGCCGUCUGGGCAGGAGCCAGAGCAAUGGCAAAGGAGCCCAGAUGGGUGCAAACGCAGAGAGAGCCCCGGAACAGAAAGGCGGAGGCACAGAAAAGAGACUGGGGACCCCAGACAGAGCCUCUGCCCUAUGAGUUUACCAAUCCCAUGAUUCCUAGCAGUACCUGGGCCCACGUUAUUUUUCUGCGUGAUACACUAGCACAGUCCCCACAGUGAAUUCCGUGGGUGGGCAUUUGUACCAGGCGACUCAGACAUUAUAGGGCAGCCCGGGUGGCUCAGUGGUUGAGCGUCUGCCUUGGGCUCAGGUCAUGACCCCUGGGGUCCCAGGAUCGAGUCCUGCAUCAGGCUCCCUGCAUGGAGCCUGCUUCUCCCUCUGCCUGUGUCUCUGCCUCUCUCUCUCUCUCUGUGCGUCUCAAGAAUAAAUAAAAUCUUUUUUAAAAAAAAAGACAUUAUAGAAUUAUUUUUUUAAACAAGUUUAAUGAGUGAUACAGUCGUAUGCUAUUAACUCAUGUGGAAUUUAAGAAACAAAACAAAUGAUCGAAGGGGGGAAAGAGAGAAACACACCAAGAAUCAGAUUCUUUUUUUUUUUUUUUUU